AUGGAAACAAAGAGCAAGGGUCGCCAAAAUAUUGUUAUGGAAAAAAUGAGCAAGGAAAGUAGUCUCAGGGUUACAUUCUCCAAGAGGCGUUGUGGGUUAUUCAAGAACGCGAGACCCGAGUCCAAUGAAUUCAACCACCCUUCAACUUGUACAGGCUCUUCGCAAGAGCAGAAGAAAAAAGGGGAGGAGCUCAUAAAAUUGAAGAAGAAACGACAAGAAAUGUUCUCGUGGGAGGCUCUGAUUGAUGAUCUUCGAUUUGAACAACUUGAUAUGUUGAAAACAGGUAUGGAGGACCUCAAGAGAAGCAUCGCAACACAGGCUCAGAAUCUUGUGAUGAUGGAACACGCACUAGCACUAGAUGGGUGUAGCACCAGCACUGGACUUAUAAUGACACCAAAUGGAUUUAAUCUCGGGCACGGAUGUGGACAUCCAAUUGUGUACCAAAAUUAG